AUGCGCUUUGCGCAGCAAGCAGCAGCAGCAGGAGUCACGGUGCUGCCAGCAGCAGAGGUAGGGGCAGCAAGAUGGCGCGCGCCAGCCACAGCAGCAACUGCUGCUGCUGAUGCUGCUGCUGCUGCUGAUGCUGCUGCUGCUGCACCACAUCCAGAGAGUGUCUACGCUACAGAAGCAAUAGACGCCCUGCAGCAACUGCUGCACUGUGGGCAGCACCAGGGAACUGCUGGUGCUGCUUCCAAGCCUCAGCAGCAGCAGCAGCGCAGCGUAGCUGCCGACAGCAAUACUGCAACGCUGUUUCUACGCCUUAAGCUGCAGCAGCAGCAGCAACAGCAACAGCAGCAGCAGCAGCAGCAUGCAACUGUCGCUGUAGUUGUAGAUGGUGAGCGCUGCAUUUCGGCCACUUACUUGCUCGUUGCUGCUGGCAGCAGAGGCGCAGCAACAGCUGCAGCAGCAGCAGCAGCAGCACUUGGAGUGCCUGCUGCUGCUUUCAGCAGCAGCAGCGCGCUGAAGCAGCAAGGCAGCAUAUUCGCCACCUUGCGAUUGGCGCAUCCUCCUCUUAGCCUGCAGCUGCAGCAGCAGCAGCAGCAAGAGCAGCAACAGCAGCAGCAACAGCAGCAGCAACAGCAGCAGCAGCAGAAAAUGGAGCAGGAGAUUAGCAUGUGUGUGACGGUGCAACAAUACGUUGUGGCGCUGCAGCAGCUGCUGCAGCAGCAGCAGCCAGUAGUUGCUGCGCUGCAGCAGCUAGCGCAACAGCUGCCAGCCUCAGUGGAUUGCUGCUUAGAGCCUUUCUGUCCGGCUGACGAGGGCGCUGCUGCUGCUGCUGCAGCUGCAUGCGCAGCAGCAGCAGCAGCAGCAGGCGAUGAGGAGCCUUCAGUAGCAGAGAUUUCGCUGACGAGAGAACUGCUGCUGCUGCAACAGCAGCAGGCAGCUAAAAUUGAGGACGACAAGGCGGAGCAGGGUCUGCAGCAGCAGCUGCAGCAGCAACAGCUACAGCAGCAGCAGCAGCAACAGAGGCAGGAAGGACUGUUGCUGCAGUGGAGCUUGCAGCAGCAGCCAACGGUGCUUCUAAAGUGCAACACUGGCGAACCAGGGGACGGUGCAGUAGCUGCUGCUGCUGCAGCGGCUGCUGCUGCUGCAGCGGCUGCUCAGCAAGAGGACACAACUGGGGAGCAGCAGCAGCAACAGCAACCUUGGCUG